UUUACUGUUAGGCUAUAUAAAUAAAUUUUGUCAGUGGAAAACAAUCUAAUAUUUGAUACAAUUGACACAUUUUACUUGUGAUAUUCUCCAAAUAGAGUAAGAAUUUUAAUUGCAUUGUCAAUACGGUAUGACAAUUCAUAAACAAGAUCACUGAACAUAGCUACUGGAAUAAUUGUGUGAAAAACAAUUAGCCUAACGAAAUUUGUGAACAAAUGAUUUAUGGUGAAUGCUAGAGGACCCUAUCGUUAUUCUUGUAUAUUUAAGUUGUUGUUUUUUUCACCUAGACUAAAUAUUUUCAUUUCUGUCAGUAGGCCUAUUCUCUAGUAGAUCAUUGUAACCUAAUGGCAAUAAAGAUAUGCAUCAAAUUAUUCUAGCAACUGAGUGCUUAAAACACAGAAAUGAACAAAGGUGGACAUGUUAGUUAACUAAAUACCGAAACGCGAUUUCUCUCACGCGGACAAUCCAAUUCCAACGCAUUUCUCCAGUCUUCGUGAUCAGUUUCUGAGUUCAUUUUUGUGGAUGGCGCCUGUAAUGGCUCUUGGUGACGCGCGUUCCACGCCAAACCCCUCCCGGUGGCACCGCGCGCUCAGCGCUGGACAGCCCAGUGUCCCUCAGUCACUGCUGACAGACGUACAAUGAUCCUGCGCCGCUAGGAGACCGCGCGCCUUUCUCAUCAGGUCAGGGAGGAGACACCAGCGGAGACCGAAGUUUCCUUUGGAGAGCUCCAGUGCCCUGGAGACGCGAUGGAGACCUCCAGCAUCGUGCCAAACACCGACGCGUCCACCGCCGCGCUUACGCGACUUCUGAACUUCACGGAAGAUCCAGCCAGCUUCUCGGAGAAGCCUUCCAUGGCAGGGUUGCGCGCCACAGAAGAGCCGCUGUCUCUCGUGGUCAGCAGCUUCAGGACUGAUGUGGCUCCAGCGGGGCUCCUGGCGGGUCAAUUCUCGCCCUCUGAAGAACCCACUCACCUGAUUGUGGCUUUCUGGGAUUCACCAUUGAGUCACGGGAUUAACGUGUUUGUUGGCUUUGUCCUGUGCUUCACCAUGCUGGGGCUGGGCUGCACAGUGGACCUCAGUCAGCUGGGCGAGCACAUCCGAAAGCCCAUAGGAGUCCUGCUGGCGGUGGUGUGCCAGUUUGUCAUCAUGCCCCUCAUCGCCUUCCUCUUGGCCCUGGCCUUCUCCCUCGAUGAUGUGGCUGCUAUGGCUGUGCUGCUUUGCGGCUGCUGCCCUGGAGGAAACCUCUCCAACAUCAUGUCAUUGCUGGUCAACGGCGAGAUGAACCUCAGCAUUGUCAUGACCAUCUCGUCCACUGUCCUGGCGCUCGUGCUCAUGCCGCUGUGUUUGUGGAUGUACAGUCGCGCAUGGAUCAACACACCCGUGGUGAACCUUCUGCCCUUCGGCGCGAUCAUUCUCACCCUCUGCAGCACCCUCAUUCCCAUCGGGCUCGGGGUCUGGCUUAGACAUCGCUAUGCUCGAGUAGCCGAAAUCAUCAUUAAGGUGUCUCUUUGGUCUCUUCUGGUCACUCUGCUGAUGCUUUUCAUCAUGACUGGAACUAUGCUGGGCCCGGAGCUGCUGGCCACCAUCCCUGCCUCCGUCUACCUGGUAGCCGUGCUCAUGCCCAUGGCCGGCUACGCGGCAGGAUACGGCCUGGCGUCGCUCUUCGAUCUCCCCCCCAACAGUCGGAGGACUGUGUCUUUAGAAACCGGAUGUCAGAACGUGCAGCUCUGCACAGCCAUCCUGAAGCUGGCGUUCCCUCCACAGCUGAUGGGAGGCAUGUAUAUGUUUCCUCUGCUGUACGCGCUCUUCCAGGCAGCAGAGGCUGGCAUCUUCAUUCUGGUUUACCGCAUGUAUAGGAAAGAGGUAUUACAUAAACAGGACCUCAUGGAGGAGGAGGAUGAUGAUGAUACAAACAUAUCCUACAAGAGAAUGAAGGAAGAAGAUGUACCGUUUGAUUCUACUUAUGGUGCGGUAACAGUGAGCGAUCCCAAUGUCAUUGUGCUAGAGUCACAGGAUACAGUUGGAAGCCCCACACCUGUAUAAGGGCACAAAAACAACUGACUUGAGGCUCACUAUAGACACUGGACCGACCUGCGUAUUUACAUUAGGAUUUAUUCAUAUCAUCACUCACUGUUAAAUUUCUUACUAAUCCCAGCAUUCUAACUAAUAUGUGCCAAAAAGGAUUGCAAGACUUGGAAACUAAUAUCAUGACAUCAUACAGUGGGCGGCAGUACUAAAGUUGAAUAUCCAAGCCAAUGUUUUAGAUUUUUAUCUAAACACACUGGCCAGAUAUUACCAUUCAAUCGAAUUUUCUGAAAUUAGCAUAAAAUAUAUGCCAAAUUCAAAAGCAAACACACAUGCUCAGUAAAAAAGUUUAAAAAAAGUUUAAAAAAAUUAAUAAUACCAUUUUUAGACACAAAUAUAAAUAUUAUAUAUAUACUAUAUAUAUAUUUGUCUAUAUAAAUUUUAUAUUUUAUAUAUUUUUUUGUCAUUAUUACUGAGCAAAUUUGAUCACUCAUUCAUUCAUUCAUUCAUUCAUUCAUUCAAAUAAUGUACACUUUCAGAGUGUCAUGGAUGUAUGCAAAUCCACCAUUAAUAUAGAUUGAUGCUGCUGUUUGUAAAUGAAUCCUGCUAUUAUCCCAGUAAAAGGAUUACAUUGGCUUAUUUGAUUAUGUGGAUAUAGAGGAUGAGAAGACUGAUUCACAUCCCACCCCUUAUAUUGCACAUCACCCACUGUCAGUCUGUUUCUGAUUCCAAAACAGUAUUUUAUUUUAAGUUUAUUGCUUCCAAAGUAGUGUAAUUUUACAGGAUUACCACUGCUCGAUAUGACCAAUACCAAAGGCUACAACAACAUGUCAGUGUCAGACUCAAGAUUCUAGACAAAAAGUGAUCAUGUUUCCAUCUGAAAAUAUCCAAAUAUGCAAUUCAUCUCUGUAAUCGAAAUGUUUAUCAGCAUAUAAGAAAAUGCCUGCAAGAUGAAUAAAUGUUUACAACAAGCA